CCCAAAGUUGGGAACAAUAGGUGAUAAAAGAGAGAUGCGAGAAAUUUUCUUGUAGUCACCGAGUCAGGCUCAGAACCCAACUCAGCGCCCGAUCCGCCCACCAAGCCAAUCAUUUAAUUUCAUUGAAAUCAAAAAAAAUUAAUGGAGGGAGUUGGCGCUAGACUGGGGCGUUCCUCCACCCGGUAUGGCCCGACCACGGUGUUCACCGGACCGGUUAGAAAGUGGAAGAAGAGAUGGAUCCACGUUUCUCCGUCAAACAACAACACAAACAACAACAGCAGCAAUAAUCCUCACCCGCAUCAGAAUCAUCACAACAGUAACGGAAGUAACGGCUCGCAUCUGUUGCUGUACAAGUGGACGUCACUCUCUAGAAGAGACAACAACGGUAAAGGUAUUGGGAAUAGUGACAACGGCAAUGGAGACAAGGGCUCCGUUAAGGAUGAUACGAUGCCAGAGGAGCCUCCUAGGCGUAAAUUCAAAUACAUGCCGAUUGCCGUGCUAGAGGAGCAAAAAAGGGCUGCUGAAAUUGAGGCUGCAGAAAAUGCUGAAAAUGAAGCUAAACCUACUGAUACUGAAACAAGUGCUCAUAGGAGUGAUGGUUUUGAUGAAAAGCCUGACAUUAAUGAUGUACCUAUGGAGGAAAAUCAGGAUGACAAACAGGUAGUUCGACAGGAUUUAAAUGAAAGCACUCUGGAUUUGAGUUUGGGUUUGAAGGCACAUGAUGGUGACUCCAACUCAAAAACGGAUCUGAUCAGAGAUGGUAAGUUGGAAAGACUGAAUUCAAGUAAGUAGAUGCCUUCCGUAGGUUCUGUUUUGCUGCAGAGAAUAUAACAACAAAAUCACCUUAGAGAUCCGAAUUUUUCCCAGGAUUCUGAUCUAGUGCUGACUGUCAUAGUUGAGUGGCUUGUUCUUGUAUUUUUUGUCCUUUUUCGACACUUCAUUGCAGAGCUGAUUACAAUUUGUAUUGAUUGUGUUUUGAAUAACACAAUCAUUUUUCUUUUCUGAAAUUGAACCAAUUGAUUUGUUUUGUUGGGAUAUUAGUUGGAUUGUACUCAUGGAGCCUACAAAUUAAUUUAGUUCCUUGACAGCUUCUAUUACAA